GUGAAUUGCACAUGGCCCCUGAACGUUUCAUUUGUCAACAUUGCUUCAUCAUCGUGUAUGUACAUGAUUUGCGUUGAUUGAUGUAUAGUGUCCGUACUUGGGUUGCAGCCAUGUACAUAUAUUUGCAAGGUUGUUGGCUCACCUUCAGGGGAGUUAUACAAAAUUGUGAAUUGCACAUGGCCCCUGAACGUUUCAUUUGUUAACAUUGCUUCAUCAUCGUGUAUAUACAUGUACAUGAUUUGCGUUGAUUGAUGUAUAGUGUCCGUACUUGGGUUGCAGCCAUGUACAUAUAUUUGCAAGGUUGUUGGCUCACCUUCAGGGGAGUUAUACAAAAUUGUGAAUUGCACAUGGCCCCUGAACGUUUCAUUUGUUUACAUUGCUUCAUCAUCGUGUAUGUACAUGAUUUGCGUUGAUUGAUGUAUAGUGUCCGUGUAUGUGUCCCGCCCUUAUUGGGUGCAUUGGUAGUCAGAUUAUGGGGCAGGCAAUUGCCCAUCGGUAGUUGUUCCCCACAUUUCAGUGUUUCCAUACAUAGGACUGCUAUAGAGACAAUGACUUUUCAAUAGUGGGAACACUGAAAAACGUGUGAGCCUAUCUAUCAUAUGAAACGGUAACACUCAAAAAUGUUACUCUUGUGUAUAUGUUUCGCCUGGAAGUAGUAUCCAUCCAUAUUGUAUCGUGACGGGUAUGAUUCUAUAGACUCAUGACUUUUUAUAUCUUAGAGACUAAAAGCGACUUAGUGUGUGAUCCAGGAACAUUCUAUCCAAGGAUAGGCCUAACUAACACUGUUACACCUGUGGAGGGCCUAAUGUCCCUCUUUUAAGAUAUGUUAUCUCUUUUUAUCAAUGAAUUGAGAUGUUAGAAAAGUAUAUCACAAUGUCUAGGCCUAUGGUAUCUUAUUUUGUCAAUAAAGGACACGCCGCUCAAUAACAGAACGUGGACUGAUAAGACGCUACAGGGUGGCCCAGAAUUAUUUUCCCUUCACAAAAUGGAUACACAAUAGGAUCCUUUUGUGCAAGGGAAAAUAAUUUUUGGCCACCAUGUAGUAUUCCAAGGACAGAAGAACUCUAGCGGACCUUUUCAUCUGCGUGGACUAUGGAUAACUUACAAUCUUUUUCCGUGGACAUAGUGACACUAAACGAGUGACUUCAAACAUCAUCAAAAAUGACAUUGGAUCCAAUAACUUUUUUAUGAAUGCUUCAUGGACAAUAUACUUUUGAUAGAGACACAUGGACUAACUUUAAAAACGAACUUGUGACCUGAUAGGUCUUGAUGAUGAUACUGACGUGUUUCCUAAUAUCUGUAAGUGCCCUGAAACAAGCCGGGCUUGGGCAGUGCACCCAUUGCAUUGUAUCGUAUUCUUGCCGAUAACGCUGAGUGGCGAUUGUGGGUAUUUUCUGUUUCUUCAGCAACCGAUUGCGAUGUUGGUAAGUUCAGUUGCAAUCGGAAAGGAAAGAAGCGGGGUGUAUCAUUCGUAACGUUCAAGAGUUUCUGGUUAUAGAUACCAGGAGCUACUUCCUUGAGUGUCAUAACACGAGGGGGUCGGAAUAACCGAUUGCGAUGUUGGUAAGUUCAGUUGCAAUCGGAAAGGAAAGAAGCGGGGUGUAUCAUUCGUAACAUUCAAGAGUUGCUGGUUACAGAUACCAGGAGCUACUUCUUGAGUGUCAUAACACGAGGGGGUCGGAAUAACCGAUUGCGAUGUUGGUAAGUUCAGUUGCAAUCGGAAAGGAAAGAAGCGGGGUGUAUCAUUCGUAACAUUCAAGAGUUGCUGGUUACAGAUACCAGGAGCUACUUCUUGAGUGUCAUAACACGAGGGGGUCGGAAUAACCGAUUGCGAUGUUGGUAAGUUCAGUUGCAAUCGGAAAGGAAAGAAGCGGGGUGUAUCAUUCGUGACGUUCAAGAGUUGCUGGUUAUAGAUACCAGGAGCUACUUCCUUGAGUGUCACAACACGAGGGGGUCGGAAUAACCGAUUCAGUCUUGGUUACAAAAUGUCGAAGUGAUAGUUCGAUUCAGCUGCGUGGUCAGUCAAAGGCAUACCGUGCGAUUAGCACAGGUGUGUACCAUUCUUAAUCGUCGUCAAACUCGAAGGAGGAUUUCAUCGGAUCAAAUCGAUUUAUUAGUUCUGCCUGAUACCAUGAGGCGUCAACGUGCUGGAAAAGUGUUCUUGAAAGUAACGUUAGAAUAGGAACGUAACGUGCUUGGAUUACAUCCUUGUGCAUUCUUUAACCGUGUAUUGUGAUCUUGAAUUUCUGGAGGAUUACUCGUAUUCUACUGGUAUUCAAUCAAGUACAUUUUCAAGACAUCUACAAUGCAUUCAGGCUAUCCAAACCACGGUGAACCGCUACAGAGCUAUCGUACAGUGAGUCACCAAAGGAGGGCGCCACCCCCUCCUGAAAUACGCCCCAAAAUGUACGACAACGGAUACUACGAAAAUUAUGAAAACCACGAUUCUAAUGGAUAUUAUGACGAUGGAUACGAUCAAGGAUAUAAUGAGAAUUACAACCGGCCUCCCGCUAGGGGGCGACCUGGUCCGCCACCUCCUCCACCCCCGCCACCCCCAGGAAUGAAUCGUCCACCUCCCCCACAGAGACCUUCAUACCCCACGCGACAGGGUCCAAAACCGAGGGACCAACGCCAACCAAAUUUUCAAAAACGUCCAAUGAAUGGUAAUGUUGGUGGCCGGUUCAGUGAAAACGGUGCCGUUAAUGGCCGACCAGGUCAAGGUCUAAAACGUAAAUAUCCCGACCUCCCACCACCGCCACCCCCACCGGCAAAAUAUAUAAAACUGAAUGGCGUUCAUAAUAAAUUUAAUCAGAAUAAUAAUACGAUAUUCAAAAAUAACAAUUUGAAACCGAAUCAUUUUGCGUUAAGAGAGAAAAAUCAAAAAUUGAACAAUAUUUCAAAGAAGCCGCUGGCAAAAGUGCAAGAUAUGGACACAGCGCCACCUUUUAAGCAUGUCUUAACUGAAGAGGAAAUGGACGUCCCAAAGGAAUUGAUGCAGCCGCUCUAUUGUAAAAUUUGCUCUGUGUCCUUGAACGCGCCCUCUCAAGCACAGCAACAUUACACGGGGAAGACUCAUGCCAAAAAAGUCAGACAAUAUUUGGAUAAAGUGAAAAAGGGGGAGAUGAGGAGAGAUGGAUCUUUGAUUCUGGAGGAGGAACGAAAUAUGUCGCCUGUACCGGUAGCGCCACCUGAGAUACCUGUCCCACCCAUUGCAAAAGCAGAAACGUGUGUUAAAAUCGAACCGCCGUCAGUCGCAACACAAAUCAACGGUAGCCCAACAACUGUCUCAACGCCAUCACCAACAUCGUCAACCUCGGAACCAGCUGAAGAGGUCUAUUGCAAGGUCUGUGAUGUUUCAUUUAAUUCGACGAAACAGGCCCAGCAACAUUAUCAAGGAAAAAAUCAUGCACGGAGAGUUAAAAUUGCGGAAUACAAUUCGGAGGCAGUCAAGGUGGAACCAGCCGUCGGAGGAAAAAAAGCCACGUAUAUGUGCACGGUGUGUCAGGUGUAUGCCACGUCUCAGGAGCAGCUCAACAGUCAUUUACGAGGGGCCAAACAUGCAGCCAGGCUUAACCUUAAAGAAAAGGGCAGCUUUAAGGCAGCAGCGUUUGUGAGGCCUCUAAAGGGACGAUGGGGAACAAAAAUGAAUGGAAAUGGAGGUCUGACCAAGUUCAUACCAGGAGGCACUCUCACCCUCAGGGGGACAAAACACACCCAUAACACCAUCCCCAACCCUCAUAACAAUAACAACAAUACCACACAAGUCAAUAACAACAACCAGGUCACCGUUGAUGCAGAUCCAAGUUUCUCACCGCCCGCUGCGAAGAAGAUCAGACGUGAUUUCACCAACUAUCGGACGCCAAGUGGUCAGUUUUACUGCUCUGCCUGUAACAUAUCGGCCAACUCAGAUACUCAGUUCCAACAGCAUAUAGAGAGUAAGAAGCAUCGAGUCAAUCAUUCGGCGGCGAAAAAGACGAAUUUCGUUAUGAAGGAAGAUGAGGAAAGUUAGGUGUAGGCCAAGGUCAUUGAACUGAUAUUCAAGAUCAAUUUUAUACAUAUAGAGAAGACAGGGAGCAUCGGGUCUGCGACUGCAAGAAAGACGGACUUCGUGGUGAAGAAGGUUGAUGAAUGUUAGAUGUAGGUCAAGGUCAUUACUGUGAUGUUCAAGGUCAAGUUACCACCAAUAAAGGUCAAACUACCCACCACACAUUGUCAAGCUACCACCCCUUCAAGUAUAUUCAGGUGAUCACUACCACUGGAAGUUGGAAGUUGCAGAUAUGACAAAACUGUCAGUGGCCAAGACCAAUUUGCAAAGGACACUAGGAUGGACUGGGCCAAUGACUUUAAAUGUCACGGUUAUAAUGACCUGCUAGCCUAAGGUCGAGGUCGAAUCAGUUCUUGAGUUUAGAAUGUAAGGGCAAUGUGGUGUUGUACGAUGAAAAUUGAACACCAAAAGCGAGUAGAUCGCUCAAAUAUUCCUCAAUACAACUUUGUGUGCUUUAGAAUACAAUGAAACAAACAAUAAGAUUCAAUCGAAACAUUUACGAAACAAAUACCACAUUUCUCUUAACAUUGCCCAAUAGGCACUCUGUGAAAAGCGUUCACAUUGUUGUGUAAAUGUCAUAACAUUCAUGCAUCAUGCAUCUUACAUAUUAUUUAUUCUAUUGUAUAGGUUCACAUUAUGUGACGAUAAGAAUUACCUUUUUCUGAAGAAAAAAAACUUAAGCUAUAAAUAUAUACAUAUUAUAUGUUGUUGCUGUACAUAUAAUGAUUUUUUCAUGAGAGUUAACUCGUAUUUUGAAUCUGGUCAAAUAUCAGUGUAAAUAAAUGUGUUAUUAUAUUAUGGUCAAAGACCUUUUCUGAGAUGUAAUCAAACUGGUAUUUUAACUUGUUCGACGAUGCACGUUAUAAGGAUACCAUUGGUUGGGAUAUUUGUGUUGCUUUUAAAAUUAACCAAUCAUGGCAGAGAAGCUUUAAAAUUGGCCAAUGGCUGCACAAGGUUCAUUUCAAAAGCACCAUCAUCGCGGAACAGCUUU